UAUUAAUCCCUUGGGAGUUCCCUUUGGAAAAUUAAGGAAUGGCCCAUCUUUGGGUCAUGACCCACAGUUUGACCCAUUAACGGUGUGACAAAGUAGUGACAUUGAGAUAAGGUCACACUUUGUGUUCUUUGUGAAAGUUUUGGCUUGGUAACUAGGCUACGAGCAGUUUAUGGGGCAACAAACCGUCACCACAUAUGACGUCAUCUGUUCCUUUUAUCCCUAUCUUUUAUCACUCACGCUAAACAGUUCUCUGGUUUUAUCGAGUCGAAGGUAGUGUAAUGGAGGAUGCGCCGGAGCGUGCAGUAGCUACAGGAGCGCCCAUCUAGGACAGAGGCAGAAAAGCUACGCUGUGCUCGUGACGCACGUGGAAAUGAAGUUCAUAAAAUACAGUAACGAGCUGAAAUGCAGACCUGCGUGUGGCGGCAGUGUGUGCGGGAUGUGCCCCUUCUGCGUCUUUGCGCCAAAACCUGCAGGUUCUGCCCUGAGCCUGUGGGUGGUCUCGGACGGACACAGGAGGAGGUUCGUGGUGGAGCUGCUGCUGCGCUGCACUAACGUCCUGCUGCUCGAGAGCAUCCAGAACAUGCUCUGCGCAACAUCCUGGACCUUGUUCACCUACGCCAGGUCCAGAGCUCCGGUGCAGAGGCAGGACUGCGACACUCGCCGAGGCCAGCAGGAGGAUGCACCCGACCUGGACAUGGAGAAGAUCUGGGACUGGUUCAGUAAAAAUCCAGAUUGGAUUAAAUCCUUCUAUCUCUGCCGUCUCUUCUUACUCAGUGACUCGGAACUUUUGCGCAUAUUCGCCAACCUGACCAACGUCCUCCUGGCCAGAAUCAAAUGGAGCUCCAGUGCCAUUGGACAAAGAGGGGGAAGAGAGGACCCUGCACUCACUGUGGUUCCUGGUUCUUCAGAGUCCUUGUCUGGAGUGAACAAAUACAGAGACUUCAUUAGCGGCCUGUCUGUUUAUCUCUCCAAGAGGAUACUGGGUCUGCUGGAUGAACACACGCUGAAAUACUGCCAAAAGGUUUGUCGCCGUUGGCAACACAUUGCAAAAGAAACCAUUGAGGAAAAAAAGUUCAGAAAAAGUUUCCAAGUUCACCUGAAGUCCAUGGGAAAGGUCAGCAAAGGUAUUAAUGCCAGUCCCACUUACGCCAACUUUGUUGACGUCCUGGUGCCCGCAAACGAGGAUGAAGAACCAGAUGUUGGUUCCAGUAAUCAAAAGGUGAUUGCACAUAGAACUGCCUAUGGCAAAAUCAAGACCAAAGUCAUACGAAUGGAGGAGCGAAAUGUUUACUGCGGUGCAUAUUAUCCCAAAGUUCUUGUGAACAAAGAAGACCCCUAUCGGGUGGUGGACUACAGAGGUCAAUCCUUUAUGGUCACAGCCUCCAAGGACUGCGCUGUGCAUCUGUUUCACGUAGCAUCAGAAGCAAAGGCGGUGUCAGAGAUGAAGGGCCAUGUUGGCAGCAUCAGGGCUGUGCUGCUGUGUGAGGACAGGGACUUGAUAAUUACUGCAAGCUGUGAUGCCACCAUCAGGUGCUGGAAUUUGAAGACGGACCUGUGUGAGAUUGUGCUGUAUGGCCACACAGGCAAUGUCAACUGUUUGGAUAUCAAUGGUGAUACGCUGGUCUCUGGGGCUAAAGACUGUACACUCAGAGCUUGGAAUCUGCUAACAAGGAAACGAUGUGAUGGUUUUAAUUUCAAACACCCGAGCUCCAUCCAGUGUGUGAAGCUGACCGCCAGUAAACUGUACAGCAGCUGUGACCGAGGCCUUAUCAAGAUCUGGAACAUGGAGACGCCAUCGUUGCUGAGGGUGAUCGAUGGCCACAAGAGUUCAGUCAAGUGUCUGUUCUUCAAUGAAUGGUAUCUUCUCUCUGGGGACUCUAGUGGUCAGGUCAUGGUGUGGAGCACCCACUGUCACGUUAAAGACUGUCUAAUGACCUACAACCACCCAAAAGAGGUCAAAACUCUGGCCCUCAUUUACCUGCGUGUUGUCACUGGCUGCGUGGAUGGAAAAAUUCGUAUUUUUAAUUUCCUGACUGGCGACUGUUUGAGAGUCAUCACCAUAGACGACAAGACGGGCCGAAUACUGUCCCUGCACUUUCUUGAAAACGGGAUUUUAGUGAACACUAUAUGUGGUGUGAGACUUUACAAGUUUGCAAAGAUAUUCUGGGAUUACUCAGAGUCAUCAGAGGGAGGCCAGAGCAACAUGAAACCAGCAGCUCAUCUCAAAAAGGUUUUCUACAAAGACCAAACUGAAGGUACGCCCAGCUUUGACAUCAAGAAAACAGACAUUUCUCCCAGUGGAUCACAAGUCAGAGACAUGUGUCAGACUGCUCCAUUAUUAUUGGGGAAGGAGGUGAAAGCAACAAGUGAAGAACUGAAUAAGAGGGUUCUUCAAGGCAGCACCAGUCAGAAAUCCUGGGACACUGAGGAAUUAAGCAACACCAACAGCACUGCACAGAUGCAGGACUGGGAUCCUCACAGACCUCCAGAUUCACCGAAUUCUAGCUCCCAAGUACAGGAACCCACUCCUACAAACCCAGUUCAACAGGCGUACAGUGGUCAAACAAAGAAAUCCAGGACAGUUUUGGAGAGAAGGGCCAGUCAGAAUUUAAUAAAGACAGCUGUCACCAAUGCUGCUGACACCAAGAAGAGACAUCACCAAGGUGUUGUUUCCAAAAAGGCCCAACUUCCUAGUGCUGACACACAAGGGGUGAAGAGCAAAGCUGGUGCUGACACAGCAGGUGCCAAAAAGACAGCCAAGACCUCUUGAGGGAAGGGCAAGAAAUCCGAGAUCUAAGUCUUAAACACGGCAUUAACAUGACUGGACUAAAUUAGGAAAAAAAACAAACAAACAUGAAAAACAAACAGACAAAUGUGAUGUUGCAAUACAUCUCCGCUAGAGGGCGGUAUUGCUUCAAUAAUUUAAAAGCCCUGUUUUUCAAAGAUGACUAAUAGUGUGUAUCUGUUGUUUUAUAAUGUUUUAUUUUUUCCAGAAUUCCG